GUCCCAACACUAGUAUCCCAAGUUUUUGAGGUGAAAAAAUACGGUAAGUUGUUGUGUAAGGGAAGUUCAAUGACAGAUCUGAGGCCUUAAUCUAAAGCACUUUGUUUCUGGUUUAGUUUUGCCCAAGUUUGACGUGACCGUAAACGCACUGCAGACCUACAGCGUUGCAGUUAUGGGACUGAAAGUUGAGUCUUGUGCCAAAUGUACAUAUGGCCAACCUGUACCUGGUCAAGCCUUAGUGGAAGUGUGCCGUGAUCCAUUUCCAUACAGUCUGCUUCAUAAUUUGACCGGAUGGUGCCUGACUCAAACCGCAAAGAUGAAUGCCACGGGCACCAAAUUUGAAGACCAAAUGCAAGACACAUUUCUUGUAAAUGUGAAUGUUACUGAGGAGGGAACAGAUGUAAUGGUGUCAAAAUCUGCAAUGGUGUCCUUCACAAACAAAGCUGUAUAUCUCUUGGAGGGGAGCAACUGGCCCAACAAACUGCUGUUGAAUCUAACCACAAACAAGAAUGGACUGGCUGCGUUCUCCCUAAACACUGCUAAUCUUAAGGCUGAUCUGAAUCUGGUGGCGAGUGCUAAUCCAGAGGUUUUUUUAUGGUUAUAAAUCGCCAUACUUCACUACAGAUACAAGUGACCGUGGAGUAUUCAUUUGUUGGAGAGGCUGGUAGCUACAGCGCUGACAAUCUAUAUGGUGAGUGGACAUUAGUUUUGUAGUUAAGUUUGCUGGUCUGUUUGUUCCACAACUUGCACACCUAU